AUGAAACUUCAGGAUACCCGUAUCACACCAUCUAAGAUUGGUCUUCUAGACACUCACGUCUGUCUUGCGUUUGCAGGCCUUAACGCCGACGCUAGAAUUCUCGUGGACAAAGCUAGAUUAGAAGCUCAGUCUCAUCGCCUAACUGUAGAGGAUCCAGUCACGAUCGAAUAUAUUACCAAAUAUGUGGCAGGGGUGCAACAGCGGUAUACUCAGAGUGGUGGUGUUCGACCGUUUGGAAUAAGCACACUUAUAGUUGGAUUUGACCACAAUAAUAAAACUCCGAGAUUAUAUCAGACUGAGCCAUCAGGAAUUUUCUCAGCUUGGAAGGCAAAUGCCAUAGGGAGAUCAAGCAAGACUGUUCGUGAGUUUCUUGAGAGAAAUUACACGGAUGACAUGGAUCGAGAAGCAACGAUUAAGUUAGCCAUCAAGUCUUUACUAGAAGUCGUUCAGACUGGGGCCAAAAAUAUUGAGAUUGCAAUAAUGGCGCCCGGAAAGACAAUUGAGAUGCUUCCAGUGGAGGAUAUUGAGGCUUUUGUUAAGAACAUCGAGCAAGAGAAAUUAGAAGAAGCUUCAAAGAAAAAGAAUAGCCGAAUAUCUGGCCCUGCAGGAUCUGGAACUGCGGCUAUUCUGACGUCUAGACCUGGUGAAUCAUCAAAUUAG